AUGGAAUCCUCCGCCACCACCACUGCUUCUUCUUCUACCGGCCCGCCGCUGUCUGCAGCUCUUCCAACAGGGGACUACGAGGUUUUCUUGAGCUUCAGGGGGGCCGACGUACGGAAGAGGUUCGCCGAUCAUCUCUACACCUCCUUAGCACGUGCCAAGAUUCGCACGUUCAGGGACGAAGAAGAGCUCGAGAAGGGGGAAGCGAUAGAGUCUUCCCUUGUCCUUGCCAUCCCGGAAUCGAAGAUCUACAUCCCUAUUUUAAGCGAGCGGUAUGCUUCCAGCAAAUGGUGCCUUACAGAGCUGGCUCAAAUGGUGGAAUGCUGGAAGCAAGGAAAGGGACACAUCAUCCUCCCCAUAUUCUACUUUGUUGACCCAAGAGAUGUGAGAAAGCAACAGGGUCCUUAUCAACAAGCCUUUGAAGAGCACACAACCAAACAUACCCCGCAGACCGUGAACGAAUGGGAGGAAGCACUUCUAAAAGUCGGGAAAAUGAAAGGAUGGCAUGUUACAGAAUCCCACGGGGAGGGCGCUGUCGUAGACGAGGUCCUUUCUAAAGUUGAAUCACAUCUGCGGAGUAUGUACACAUUGGUGACGGACGAGUUGGUGGGGAUUGAUACACCCGUGAAAGAAGUGAUGGAAUUGCUGAAUUUAGGAUCAUCCACCGGGAAGGUUAUCGUUGGCAUUCACGGUAUGGGUGGUCUGGGUAAGACCACUCUAGUUCAAGCCGUCUAUAACAAGAUUUGUGCUCAAUUCGAUCGUUGUUGUUUUCUCGAUGAUGCACGAGAAGCUCUAGCAAAGAGCAAUGGAGUUGUAUCUCUACAGAGUAAGGUCAUAUCUACAGUUUUGAAAGUCAAUUUUCAGGUUAGAAGUGUUAGCGAAGGAAUCAACUUGAUUAAAGAUAGAGUUUGCAAGCACAAAUUGCUUCUUAUUGUUGACGAUAUAGAUGACAAGUUUGAAUUUGACAGGAUUCUAGGAAAGUUGGGUGAUUUUUCCUCGAGUAGUAGAUUUAUAUUUACAACAAGGUAUAGUAGGGCAUUAGAUUUCAUUCCAGAUUGCAAAUUGUAUGAACCAAGAGAAAUGAGUCGUUAUUUUUCCUUACAACUUUUUAGCAAACAUGCUUUUGGGAUGGACGAUCCUCCAGAAGAAGAUGCGGGAAUAUCUGAGGAAUUUGUAAAAGUUGCUACUGGGCUUCCUCUAGCUCUCAAGGUGAUAGGGUCAUUUUUGUUUCGUAGAGAGAGGAGCUUUUGGGAAGAAAAAUUGAUAGAGUUACAGGAAAUUGCUUCUACUAGCGAAAAUCCGCUGCUUAAGAGAUUGAAGAUCAGCUACAAUGACUUGUCGCCUGACGAAAAGCAAAUCUUUCUUGACAUUUCUUGUUUUUUUAUCGGUAGUUACAAAGAUGUACUUUACUACUUGUGGAGUGACUGUGGUUUUUAUCCAGAGAGUGGGAUCACCACUCUUAUCGAUAGAUCUUUGAUGAAAUUCGAUGAAGAAGAUCGAUUUUGGAUGCACGAUCACAUCAGAGAUCUUGGGAGAGCCAUUGUCAAAGAGGAAGACGUUGAGCAUCCAUACAAACGUAGCAGGAUAUGGUCGUUUGAAGAUACCCUUGACAUGUUAAGAAAAGCAUUGGAGGCGUUGAGCUUGCACGAACUAUGGUUUGGCAGGGAACAGCUGCCUGAUCUGUCCAAGCUCGUCAAUCUCAAGGAGCUAAACUUCAGUUACUGCCGAAGCUUGACGAAUCUCGUCGGGGUCGACAGAUUGGAGUCACUGCGGUGGGUACGUCUGCUUAGGUGCGAUUCGAUCAGGAAGCUGCCCAACUUAUCCGGCCUCAAGAAUCUGUGGAGUUUGUGUUAG